AUGGGAAAGACAGAGCUAUAUUCUCUGUUUAAGGGUUUUCUGGACUGUAUAUGCCUCUGCUUGUCUCAGGGCAAUGGUCAGGUUGCAGAUCACAGUAAGAGAGACACUGAAAAUGGCCACCUGAUCUACAAGAGUGGGGACAUCCUCGAACACAGAUAUGAGAUACUCGACACUUUAGGUGAAGGGACUUUUGGGAAGGUGGUUCAAUGCUUGGACCACAAAAGCGGGGGAAGCCAAACAGCUCUGAAGAUCAUUAAGAAUUUGGACAAAUACAGAGAAGCAGCCAAACUGGAAAUCAAUGUGCUGAAGAAGAUCAGUGAGAAAGAUCCAAACAACAAACAUCACUGUGUGCAGAUGCUCGACUGGUUUAACUACUACGGCCACGUGUGCAUCUCCUUUGAGCUGCUGUCUCUCAGCACCUUUGACUUUCUGAAAGCAAACAACUUCCUGCCUUAUCCCAUUAACCACAUCCGACAUAUGGCCAAUCAGAUCUGCCACGCUGUCAGCUUUCUCCAUGACAACAAGCUGACGCACACCGACCUGAAGCCAGAGAACAUCCUCUUUGUCAACUCAGACUACUCCCUCAUAUACAACACUGAGAAGAAAUGCAAUGAGAGGAGACUAAAUGACACCACAGUACGACUUGUUGACUUUGGCAGCGCCACCUUUGACCAUGAAUACCACUCUACCAUCAUCUCUACACGUCACUAUCGAGCCCCAGAGGUCAUACUGGAGUUGGGUUGGAGUCACCCUUGUGAUGUGUGGAGUAUUGGCUGCAUCCUGUUUGAAUACUACGAAGGGUUCACAAUGUACCAGACUCAUGACAAUAGGGAACAUCUUGCUAUGAUGGAGAAAAUCCAGGGACCAAUUCCUCGGAGGAUGAUCCAAAGAACCAGGAAGCAGAAAUAUUUCUACUAUGGGCGUCCCAACUGGAGCGAGUGCUCCAAGUCUGGACGUAAUGUGAAAGCCAAGUGCAAGCCUUUAAGGAAGUACUUGUUGUCACAAGGGACAGAGCACCAUCAGUUUUUUCAUCUCUUGGAGAUGAUGCUGGAGUACGAGCCCUCAAAACGCACAUCUCUUUCCUCUGCUCUUCGCCAUCCCUUCUUCUUGCCUCUCGAUCACCCAGGAAAGAGUCAGCUGUGGAGGAACAGCUGUGAUAUGAGCAGAUGACCUUGAAAGCCAUUCAACCUUUUAGCACCAUAACACACUGUGUAUUAUGUUUAAGUCUCCAACUACAAAUCAUGUGUAUUUAAAGCCCAUAACAAGUCAAGUAUUUCUGCAUAACAUUUAUAUUAAUUUGAUCAGUUUGAU